AUGGCAACGGCGGGGGAGGGGUGGCAGAGGGACGCGGAACACCCGGCUUCCUGCCAGGUGGGCUGGGGGACUGAGCCCGAGUCUGGAGAUGGCCACGGGGACGUGCGAAUGACCAGCGCCUGGGCGGACCCUGGACAAAGGCGGCCAGAACCGCCUUUGGCGGCGCGGAGCGGGAGCGCACCGACCUCUCAGCCCCCAGCACAGACCAUCCAAGGGUUGCCGUUUGGGAACUGCCUGCCCGUCAGCGACGGCCCCUUCAACAACAGCACUGGGAUUCCUUUCUUCUACAUGACAGCCAAAGACCUCGUGGUGGCCGAUCUGAUGAAGAACCCCAUGGCCUCGCUGACGCUGCCGGAAUCAGAAGGAGAGUUCUGCAGAAAAAACAUCGUCGACCCAGAAGAUCCCCGAUGUGUCCGGCUAACACUCACCGGCCAGAUGAUCGCAGUGUCUCCCGAAGAAGUAGAAUUUGCCAAGCAGGCCAUGUUUUCAAGGCACCCAGGAAUGAGGAAGUGGCCUCGUCAGUAUGAAUGGUUCUUUAUGAAGAUGAGGAUAGAACAUAUCUGGCUUCAGAAAUGGUAUGGAGGCGUAUCUGAAAUUCCAAGGGAGGAAUAUUUCAAAGCAGUUCCCAGAAAGGCCUGAUGGGGUCAUAAGAAAGUCCUCGGUGUCUGUGUUCACAUGAAAACCUUUUAAGUGAUACAGCCGGACAGCUAUCGACUGCUGUCUCUUUACUGAAGGGUUCGCAGCAGCCUUGCCAUCCUGACAGCAGGAUGAGAGCGAGUGAACAGGGACACCUGUGCUGGAUUUGAGAUUAAAGGGGUCAUUUUCAGAUCCCCAGCUCACACAGGUACGUCACAUAGCUCGUCUUUGUACCGUUGUAUUCGACCCAGACUCACCUACUUGGAAAUCAUAGUUGGUGAUCAAAGGACGUGCUGAGACCGUUGCUGUUUCAUUCUGUAAGAAAAACAAAACAUGCCUGUACAUGUGAUGUAAUGGCCUUGUGUUGUGAGAGUAUUUCUGUUGCUUGCUGUGCCCAACGAAGUCUUGGUUCUAAUUAAGCUCAUUGCAGCCACGAAGGAGUGAAUUUCCAUCCCACAGCCACAUGUGAUGUUUAGGGUGAGGGUGGCGGACUGUUGGUGGAUUUCUCAUCCUGCUCCUGGAUCGCACAUGCAACGUGAAGUCAUACUGGCUAGAAUGUACUUACUGGUUACUAAUGGAGCUUUUUCCCACUGUAAGGUGGAAAACAGAGUGAGCACAUCUGGGGCUUUGUGCAUGGCCCUACUCCCUGUGAGGAGCCAUGGGGUGCAUUAAAGAGGAAGGGGUUGCUUCGUGAUCAAGCUGCUCACAUCCCUGCUCUUCUGACAAGGGUUUCUCUCUCACAUGCACGAGCUGUGGUAUCCAGAGCAAGAACCAUCUCCUUGUAGUGAGAUGUAGUGUGUAAAAGAGGAGACGGGGAGACUAGGAAAGCAAAGGUCGCAUACUAGAGAAGAAAGGAAAGAAGUUGAUAACCGUGGGCCUGCUCCCUGCCCAGCCCUGGGCCAGGCCCUUGACAAAAGCCAUCUCCUCUAAACCCUGCAGCCAAUGAGAUGUAUGUCACUGUUGCCACUUACAGACGAGAAAACAGAGGCUCAGAGCGGCUAAGACCACAUCCCACCAGCUCACUGCACACAAUGGGUGGAGGGCUUCCUAGAAGACUUCCAGUUUGAAGAACAAGAGUUGUUGAAAUGUACAGAUAGAAAUGGAACCAGGAAAAUCAGCAAAGUGAUGGUAAGAGGGAAUGACUAACUUGCCCGGAAAUGACUUGUCACUGCGAUCAGGGGGAAAAAAGUCUCUGAAAUUUUAUUCUCAUUACAGAUUUUUUAAAUGCCCUGCUCUGAGCGUUGGCAGGAAAUUAGACUGUAUCUGAACACUUCUAAGGCCUACACAGACCUAUGUGUAUAGAUUUGAUUAUUAAAACCUUUAAAGGAUGGA